GGCUAAUUCGCCAUAGCCAACCCUGAGGGUGAUACUGCGAGAUACCCCAGAGUGGCGAAUUACCCCUGAGGACAUCAGGGAGACCUGAGCGGCAGCAUCCCUGGGUGGCGCUGAUAGAGAUUGACACACUGUAUCAAUCUCCCAUCUGGGGCUAUUUUUAGCAUCAGCGGCUAUGACACUGUGGCGAGAGAUUGUGGUGUUGGCGAAUUGGGUGCCACAGGACCAGAUACAAGGUAUCUGGAGUGAAGGGGUGUAUCGCUACAGGAUCCUGAGGAGGAUCAACAAUUUUGAGGAGGUUCUGUGCGUGGGAUUGUCUGGGAGAAGCUCUGGAGGAAAUUGGCGAGAUCAGGGUAUCAUCAGCCAUAGCCAUAUCUUCAUCAUCACCUGCAAGAUUCUCUGCAAGCUGAAGAAGGAGGCAGAAGAGCAGCUCAAGCUGCAACAGGCCAGAGUAGCUGAAUUGGCACGGCAAGAGGCUGCUGAGCUAGAGGCUGCAACAGAUCACUCCAGAAGAGAGUAUUUGUUGCAGCAGCUAGAGAAGUCACUCACCGAUGACCGUUGUGCCCAGAUCACCAAGCACAUGGCUGAGAUGAUCCUGCUGGAGCACAAGAUCACCAGCUCCCAGUUCACAAACUGGGAUGACCGUUUUGUGCGGCUGGAGCGUCGGGUUGACGAGUUGUCAGCUCAACAGUCCAAGAUCCUGGAAUCUAUCCAGGGCUUGUCUGCUCAGCUGGCAGCCGCCAAGCUGAUUACUCCUCAGCUCCCUCUGCUGAAACCCAAAACCUCUCCUCCUCCUUCACCACCUCCUUCCCCUCCUUCAUCCCAUGGGGGAUCUGUACAUUCUUCCCGGUCAUCUACUCCUUCCCGAAAGGCCUCAGUAAAGGCCACCUAUGCUGCUGUGACUGCAGCAGACAGAGGUCCCAAGAUCCCUGCUCCCAACAAGUUCAGGGGUGAUGACCCCAAGACUGAUGUUGGGGACUGGGCUGCUGAAACCAGAGCCUACUUGAGGGGCUUUGUCUGUGCAGAACAGACCAAGGUGGCAACUGUUUUGGGGCUGCUGGAAGGGCCUGCACUGAAGUGGGCCACCUCAACCUCCAGCAGCCUGCAACAGUCCAUGGAGGACUGGGCCUUUGGGUUGGGGGUAGACAAACUUCUGCAGGCCCUAGAGGACCGGUUUGCAGACAAGGAGCGGGCCCGCAAGGCUGCUGACAGGAUUGCUCGCCUGGGACAGCUGCGGUACAGCGGUACCCUACAGGCCUUGUUUGCUGAGUUCGAGCAGCUCACCUCCACCCCUGGGCUGGUCAUGGCACCUGAUGAUAUGUUGACCAGCUUUUGCAGGGCCGCGCCUGAGAAGUUUGUUGUUGCACUUUACAGCGUUGGAUACAAGGACUGGAGGUCCUUUGGUCGUGCAGCCCUGGAAAUGGAGGCCAAGCUCCAUGUCCAGGCCCCAACCUCUGACAAGAGGAAGGGUGCCUUCCCUAGAGGUAGCAGAAGGGGAAAGGCAGCCCUCACUCAUGUGGGAUCUGCCUCAGGAUCAGAUACCGAUUCUCAGCCUGAUGUGCCUUCAGGGGGGAUCGGAUCUGCUGCUGAGACAGAUGUUGCUGCAGUAGUGACUCAGGCUGUUUUGGGUGCUCUGCAGUCGCAGAGAAAGUUCUCCACCCCCACAGCCUCAGCCACUACCAAGGGGAAGGAUAAGGGACGUGAAUCUGCAGCUGUUUCAGUUGAGGUUGUUUGUGAUGAUGUAUGUUUGGGGACUGCGCGGGCAGCAUCCUUCUGCUAUGAGGAUCCUGACCCGGAUCAGGACCCGGGGCAGGAUGAGCUUCAGUCCAUUGUCGCCUUCUUCUUCCACUUGAAAGAGCAGAAGAAGAAGGGCCUGUCUGAACUCAUCAUGCUUCGGCCACUGAUCAAUCGCACCAGGAUCACUGGGCUUCUGGACUGUGGAGCCACCCGAAACUUCAUAUCCCCCAGUGCAGUUAAAAAGCUGCACUUGGGUAUGAAAGUCCAACAAUUGCAACAUCCGUUGCAAGUGCAGAUUGGUGACUCUACAGUGAUCAGCAUCAGGGAGAAGGUCAAAGGCAUUCCUGUGACCUUUGACACUGCUGGGAAAGUCAGACGUAGUCUGAACUUUUAUGUCUUCCCUGAUCUGCCCUUUGACUUGGUGUUCUCCAUGCAGUGGUUGAGGGCAGUCAACCCUAGGAUCGACUGGCAGAUCCCUAGAGUAGUGGACCAGUAUGCAGAUCUGAUGCAGGAGCCCUUUGGACUACCCAACCGGCCAACCAAGCAUCACAUCGAGCUGCUGCCUGGAGCGGUCCCUCCCAAGGGCCGCAUCUACAAGAUGUCCCCUGCUAAGCUUGAGGAGCUCAGAAAGCAGCUUGAGACCCUGACCAGCAAAGGUUGGAUUAGACCCAACACAUCUGAAUUCGGUGCACCUGUUCUCUUUGUACCCAAAGGGAACGGCGAGUUCAGGAUGUGCAUUGACUACAGGGGUCUCAAUAAGAUCACUAGGAAGAGUACUGAGCCACUUCCUAGGAUCGAUGACCUCCUAGACAUGGUGCAGGGCUGCACAGUGUUCAGCAAAGUCGACCUCAAAUCUGGCUACCACCAGAUUGAGAUGGCAGAGGAGGAUGUCUACAAGACAGCCUUCAAGACCAGGUAUGGGACAUACGAGUUCUUGGUCAUGCCAUUUGGACUUUGCAAUGCCCCAGGCACAUUCCAGACAGAGAUGCACCGCAUCUUCAGGCCUUACCUGGACAAGUUUAUGGUUGUCUACCUGGAUGAUAUCCUGGCAUUCAGCAAAACUGCCAGGGAACAUGCGAAACACUUGGCUCUAGUUCUCCAAUCGUUACGUGACAGUCAGUAUAAGAUCAACAGAGAGAAGUCCUCUUUUGGAGUUCCCUCUGUCAUCUAUCUGGGUCAUGUAAUCUCUGGAGAUGGCCUGGCUCCUGAAGCAGCCAAGAUUGCUGUUAUUCAGGAGUGGCCUCAGCCUCAGACAGUGAGGGAUGUCCGGUCCUUCAUGGGUUUGGCCUCCUACUACAGAAAGUUUGUCAGGAACUUCUCUGCAGUGGCUGCACACCUGACUAACCUAACAAAGAAGGACACUCCCUUUCUUUGGUUCCUCCACUGUCAGUUGGCCUUCACACGACUCAAAAAGGCCUUGACUCGUGCGCCUGUCCUGAAGUUACCUGACCCCACUCUGCCAUUCAUCCUGACCACUGACGCUAGUCAGUAUGGCAUUGGGGCAGUACUUCAGCAGGAUGAUGGGAAUGGUCUACGGCCUGUAAAGUUUAUGAGUAAGAAGAUCAAGACUCAAAAGCUCCAGGACUCUACCUACGAGAAAGAGUUGUAUGCUUUUGUCUGUGCCCUGAAACAUUGGAAGCACUUUCUCCUGGGCAGGCACUUCAAGAUCUUUUCAGAUCACUCCACCCUACAGUGGAUGAAGUCCCAUGGAGAGUUGAACGAUAAACUGGCACGGUACACUCAGUUCAUAGACAUGUUUGAAUUUGAACUGAAACACAAGAAGGGCUGCUACAAUAAGGUAGCAGAUGCCCUCUCCCGUAGGCCUGACUCUUUUGCUCUGAUCUCCUCUACUCACUCCUUUGGAGAGGAGACCCGUCAGACCAUUGCUCGUCUACUGCCUCAGGACGAGACUUUUGGACCCAUUGUUAGGAAUCUGCAAGCAGAUCCUAACUCUGAACCAGGCUAUGCUAUGAGUUCAGACCUGCUGUACACCUACAACAGAGAUGAGGAGCGCUUGUGCAUUCCCCAGGACCAGCGGCUCAGGACACUACUGCUGUCAAAGUGUCAUGAUGCCCGUGGACACUUCGGGUUCCUAAAGUCUUAUGCAGCCUUGUUGCAGCGCUUCUUCUGGAAGGAGAUGCGGAGUGAGAUGCUGCGUUAUGUGGACACCUGUGAGCUCUGCCAAAGGACCAAGGUUCAGCGUAAACCUCCUUUGGGACUGCUCAAACCCUUACCCAUACCUGAUGGCCCUGCUCAAUCUGUGUCGAUAGACUUCACAGAUUUAGGCAAGACCACCCCGCGUGGCAUGCGUCAGGUUAUGGUCUGCAUGGACAGGUUCUCCAAAUACGCAGAGUUCAUCCCCUUGCCAAAGGUAGCUAGGGUACCGGCUGUGAGAGCGGCCUUCUCUGAGAGGUGGGUCACACACCAUGGACCGCCCAUCUCUAUCGUCAGUGAUCGUGACCCCAGAUUCUGCAGCGAUGAGUGGCAGUCCUACUGCAAGGACUAUUUGCACUCACAAAUGGACAUGACUUAUGGUCAUCAUCCUGAAGCCAAUGGAUUGGCUGAGGUGAUGAACCAAGUCUUAUUCCAGCUGCUGCGUCCUGUCAUCUCUCCAGAUCAACAGGACUGGGAUCUUCACUUAGCGAGGGCACAGCUCAUGUAUAACAUGUCUGUCCACUCCUCGACAGGGUUCAGUCCCUACCGGUUACACUGGGGACGUGAACCACGCCAGCCUCUCGAUGAUAUCAUCGACAAGGCUAAGCCUGAUCUGACGCCAGGCACCGCAGAGUUCGCCAGACGCUAUCGUCUGGAUAUGGAAAGAGCCCGCGCGAACUUGUUCAAGGCCCAAAAGGCCAUGAUUGAACAAGUCAAUCGCCACAGGCGUCCCCCAUCUGUACUGGUGAUCAUGUCUGGGUGGCCAGUUCUGAGCUGUCGAGGGAGGAGGAUAUGUCUCCCAAGUUGUUGCCACGUUACCUGGGUCCAUGGCAGGUCCUAGAUACAGUGGGCGCUGAUCCCUUCGGUCCGUCGUAUGUCAUCGACGUCUCGCUGCAUCUACGCACCUACCCGGUCU